AUGCCCUGGUCGGAACGAUCGAAGCUGGCAUUGGCAUUCUUCGCCGAUGAAACGGUGGGAGAGCAGACUAUGAGAACCAGAAUUGAACUUUUGGCACAGGAUACUACAACGCACAGGACCGGAUGUAGCCAAAUACAUCCAUCCCGGGCCAGCUGUGCCUUUAAUUGCCAUUCCAAGCUACGCCCCAUUUGCAAAGCACCUUUAAACGGUCGCGUUCGUUCAGAGAGGGCGAAGGUGGUCGCCAUCUGUCAAGCCACUUUCAGCAAAGGCGCCAAGAUGUGA